AUGGCCGCUAAUAAAAAAAGCCAUCCACGUAAACAAAUAGCAUUCCAGGAGUUAGGGCAUUCACCCCCUCAUCGUCUAGUUGAACGACAGCUUGACCUUUUUAUCACAUCCGAUCAGGUUGACCGUGCGGAUGAGCGUGAGAGUGAGAUCCGAGUUUGUGACGCUCAGGUAGACUACCAGGGUACUGUACAGUGGCAACCAAGAGCCAUCUACAAGAGCGCCUGUCAGGUUCACAUUAAGUACUUCCCCUUCGACCAGCAAAACUGCAGAAUGAAAUUCGGACCCUGGACGUAUGAUGGUAGCCUUAUAAACGACGAUCCCAUCAAUAUAAAUUACUGUCUUGUCCCCUGCAGCGCACGAACCAACAUAACCUUCUACAACAACUUCGACGCUGCCGACUUGAGCGACUAUGAACCCAGUCCUGAGUGGGAGUUGGUUUCCACGAAAGCCGUCUAUACCGCCACUCGCUACCCCUGUUGUCCCCACAUCUACCCCGAUAUCACCUUCUCGGUAAUGAUAAAGCGGCAGCCUGCGUUCUACAACUACGUCAUCAUUCUGCCCUGUUUCCUGCUCUCUUCGCUAACCCUGGUGCUCUUCUGUCUACCUCCUGAAACUCCUGCCAAAAUGCAACUUGGUAAGCCUUCACCUGCUCAUCCAUGUUCCCCUUGCACUUUGCUGGAUUCUUCUCACUGUCAGGGCAAGAAAAACUGUAUAAGUUCCACGAAGACAUUUCCGAUUAUCCUGAGGACUUAUUGA